AUGGGACAGAUCGACGAGGCAGAGCCCCGGGCUGUGGAUGUCCGGGACGAGGACAAAGAUGAAGCGCUGGCUAUAGUGGGCGAGUCUGCACACGAGCUGGACGCGGCCGUGGUGGCGCGGGUAGUGCGCAAGAUGGAUCUGUUCUUCAUCCCGGCCAUGUUUGUCGGCUACGGCAUCGUCUACUACGACAAAGCUAUCCUCGGCUCGGCCGCGCUCUUCGGCAUGACCGGUGACCUGCAGCUCUCCAUAACCAGCACGGCCACGCGGCCGGCCACAACGGACACGUCGCGGCUCAGCUGGGCCACCUCGCUCUUCUACUUUGGCAUGCUGGCUGGCGUGUACCCGAUGAGCUUCGCGCUGCAGCGUUUCCCCGUCGGCCGCGUACUCGGCCCCGUCGUCGUCGCCUGGGCUGCCGUCUGCAUGCUGACCGCGGCCGUGUCAUCCUGGCGCGGCCUCUACGUCCAGCGUUUCUUCCUCGGCUUCGUCGAGAGCGCCAUUCCCACCGCUCUCAUGGGCCUCGUCGCCGCCUUUUACACUCAGCAGGAACAGGCUCUCCGCCAGAGCUGGUGGUUCAGCAGCACCGGCGCCUUCACCAUCGCCGGCGGCGCCCUCAACUAUGCCUUCGCCCAUGUCGUCGGCGGCCGCCUGCACCCUUGGCAGUACAUCUAUCUGCUCGCCGGCUGCCUCACCCUCGCUCUCGGCCUCCUCUGCUUCGCAGCUCCCAACUCGCCCGCCACCGCCUGGUUCCUCGCCCCGUCCGAGCGCUUCGCCGCUGUCGAGCGCCUCCGCCACGGUCAGACCGGUAUGCGCUGCGUCCAUUUCAAGCCCGCCCAGCUGCGCGAGGCCCUGCUCGACCCCAAGGUCUGGCUCGUCGCCAUCAUGAUGGCAUCUGCCUACACCAUCAACGGUGCCGUCAGUGGCUUCGGCCCUCUCAUCGUCUCGACCUUUGGCUGGUCCAGGCUCGACUCUAUCCUCUUCCAGUUCCCUCUCGGCGGCCUUUGUUUCCUGUCCAUUCUGGCCACCGGCUACGUCGGCAGCCGCGUGCCCCACACCCUCAUCCCCAUGCUCAUCGUGUGCUGCCUCCCCGUCAUCGCUGGCUGCACCCUCAUCUGGCGUGCUGCCUGGACCCAUCGUGCUGCCGCUCCCGUCGUCGGCUACACCAUCACAGGAACCUUUGGCGCCGUCGUCAGUCUCGUCAUCACCAUCGGCAUGUCCAACGUCGCCGGCCACACCAAGAAGAGCUUCAUGGCUGCUUCCAUCUUCGUCGCCUACUGUGUCGGCAACAUCAUCGGCCCCCAGCUCAUCCGCACCCAGACGAAGAUGAGCCACUACCCCGAGCUGUGGACCGGCCUCAUAAUCUGCUAUUGCAUAUGCAUCGCCGCCGCCGCCGCCCUCUACGUCGUGCUCUGGCGUGAAAACCGUCGCCGUGACGCCCGGCCAGUCGACGAGAUGGAGCGCGCCAAGCUGGCCUUCCAGGACCUCACCGACAGGGAGAACCCUUACUUCCGCUAUAGGCUGUAG